UCAUGAAUUAAAAUCUUUAUUAUUCGCCUAAAAUAAGAAAAAGAAGAGCCGGUAUUUCUACCAACCACCUGUAGAAACUCGUGAGAGUUUAUUUCGUGUAAUACUUCCUCUCCAAUUCUUCUAUUUAUUUGCCACCAUACUUACCGUAAAUACUCUGCUUAGUUCACUCUCUUUACACUUUCUUUAACCUCUAUUUUUGCCGGAAAUAAUGGCGACGAGGUCGUUCGUUGAGGUUUCGCCGGAAUCUCACUUCCCAAUCCAGAAUCUUCCAUACGGCGUUUUCAGACCCGAACCCGGUUCAGUUCCUAGACCGGGAGUUGCCAUCGGUGACUUUGUUCUUGACCUCUCUCAAAUUUCUUCUGCUGGUUUAUUCUCUGGUCCGAUUCUUAACGGUUCCGAUUGUUUCAAUCAGCCUACACUCAAUAAAUUUAUGGCAAUGGGAAGGCUUGCAUGGAAGGAAGCUCGUGCCACCAUUCAGAAGCUGCUAUCAGAAAAUGAGCCAACAUUGCGUGAAGAUGCCAGUCUGAGACAGAAAGCACUUAUUCCCAUGAGCAAGGUGGAGAUGCUUGUUCCUAUGACUAUUGGAGACUAUACUGACUUCUUUUCAUCCAUGCAUCAUGCAAGGAAUUGUGGGCUCAUAUUUCGUGGCCCUGAGAAUGCAAUUAAUCUUAAUUGGUACUAUGUUCCUAUUGCAUACCACGGGCGUGCAUCUUCCAUUGUCAUCUCUGGAACUAAUAUAGUGAGACCAAGGGGUCAGGGACAUCCAGCGGCCAAUUCUCCUCCUUACUUCGGGCCUUCAAGGAAGUUAGAUUUUGAGCUUGAAAUGGCUGCUGUAGUUGGUCCAGGAAAUGAAUUGGGGAAGCCUAUUGAUGUUGAUAAUGCUGCUGAACAUAUAUUUGGGCUUGUUCUGAUGAAUGACUGGAGUGCUAGAGAUAUUCAAGGUUGGGAAUAUGUGCCACUUGGGCCUUUCUUGGGGAAGAGUUUUGGUACAACAAUAUCGCCAUGGAUUGUGACCCUAGAUGCUUUGGCACCUUUUGCUUGUGAAGCACCAAAGCAGGACCCUCCUCCAUUGCCAUAUUUAGCUGAGAAGACAUCUGAAAACUAUGAUAUACAGUUGGAAGUUCAACUCAAGCCUGCCGGGGAGGAUCCAUGUGUAGUGACAAAGAGCAAUUUUAAGCAUUUGUACUGGACAGUGACUCAACAGCUUGCUCAUCAUACAAUUAAUGGUUGCAAUUUAAGGCCUGGCGAUCUCCUUGGAACGGGGACCAUUAGUGGUCCGGAACCUGAUUCUCUUGGAUGUUUGUUGGAGAGAACGUGGAAUGGACAAAAGCCAAUUUCUUUGAAUGGAAAAUCUAGGACAUUCUUAGAAGAUGGAGAUGAGGUUAUCUUUACUGGUGUUUGUAAGGGAAAUGGUUACAAUGUUGGAUUUGGAACAUGUUCAGGAAAGAUUUUGCCUUCCCCCUUGUAAGGUACUCGGUUGUAUUCUGUAUUAGUGAUAGUAUCACUGAAAAUCAAUAACAAUUGUGUUUGAAACUUCAGCCCUGCGCUCGACACUGAUCAGCAGUUGUUUCUUAGCUGAUUACACAGUUAGAUGUCAAAAUCUGUUUGUACAAUAUGUUUACAUCCGUGUAUAUCUAGUGUUCUCAAACUCUAAAUUGCAAUUCUCGUCCUAGUGUAUAAUGACUAUUGUGAAAUGCAACUCAAAAUUAACUUCUAUAAAUUAUAGUUGAUGUAAACUUA